AUGCGACCCAAAGAAGGAUGCUCCAAAGCAGAGACCGACAUUACAAACUUUAAUCUGUAUUGCCUGCUUAGUCGACAUAAUGACUAUGUACACAAGAAUAUGUCGGGGGCCUACCCAACCUACACCAUGUCAGACAUCAUCAUGGGGAGAAAACUACAAACCAUUGAUAAUACUGUUUCCAUAUACGAGAUCAUGCAACCGUCGACCGGGGAGAGAAUCUACGACACUCGGGAUGACGCUGACGAAGAAGAAUCUGAUAUGCUGGAGACGGACUACCGAUACGUUCUCAAGACUCUGAAGCGAGGAAAAGAAGAAAUACGUGACGACAACUAUCAGAGAAACGCAUAUCUGGAAUCGGAGACUCGUAUUCUGUCCAACAUGAGCCAUCCAAAUAUCAUUCGUCUAGAAGGAACAUCACAUGAGGUUGAAAGUUUUAUCAUUUUGGAGCGUCUAUGUGACACCUUGGCCUACCGAAUCCAACAGUGGGAGGUCGAAGAUUGCAAAAUCGGUGUUAUGUUUCGAAAGAAAAAGCUUGACAAGCUUCAAGAGCAAAAGCUACAUGUCGCUUAUGACAUUACUACAGCAAUUGAGCAUCUGCACAAACACAAUAUCGUUCAUCGUGACAUCAAGCCCGAGAAUUUUCAAUUCGAUGAUAUGGACACAAUCAAGCUGUGCAACUUUGCGUUGGCGCGUGAUCUUCCACUUCGAAACGGGGGAAGUAGCAGUACCCGUCGGCCAGGAAAAUCGUUUCGAAUGACCGCCAUGGUGGGCACUCCACGGUACAUGGCCCCUGAAGUGGGACUUGGUAACAAGUACAAUACUUCUUGUGAUGUGUAUUCUUUUGCCUUGACAUUCGCGUACAUCAUGUCCGGCGAAAAGCCCUAUGAAAACUAUGAUACGGUCAAACUCUUGAAGCAUUGCGUUUGGGAAUCCUCGUAUCCUGCCCGACCAGAGCUAGACAAGUCCAUCAUAUCACCGGCGCUUCAUAUUAUGCUCAAGAAAGCAUGGAGUCGAGACAUCUUGAAUCGCCCCAAAGCUGGAGAGUUGAAGCAGUUCUUGUGGAAUGCCGUAAAGACGAAGCCAUUUCCAAAGACUACCCGUGAAUGGCUUGCGACGGACAAUGAUUGCCCUUGCUGUCAACGGAACAGUAAUGUCUUAGUGAAGGGAGAGAUUCGGAUACAAGAUUCUAGCUUUGAGGAAGAGAUAGUACCAUUCUUUGUUCCUGCAGCACCUUCACCUUCAGCAUCGGCAUCGCCUGCUCCUCCUCAGUGGUGGUCACCGUAUGGGGAAGAAAUAACAUGGUCAUGA